ACCAGAGACAGACCAGACCGGCGAGCAGGAGAGAACUGAAAAAGCAAGAAACCCCAAGCAAGACAUCCGGCGAUGGCGUCGCAGGCGAUCGAGGAGCACCGCGCGGGCGCGGACGUGCACACCGCGGACUGCGAGGCCAGGGCCCGCGAGUUCCUGGUGGAGCUCGGCCUCCCCGACGGGCUGCUCCCGCUCCCUUCCCUGGUGGAGGUCGGGUACAACCGCGCCACCGGGUUCGUGUGGCUCCGGCAGAGCCAGUCCGGCGGCCUCACCCACACCUUCGACGCCAUCGGCAAGCAGGUGUGGUACGACGCCGAGGUGACGGCGUUCGUGGAGCCCGGCCGGAUGCACGGCAUGACCGGGGUCAAGAGCAAGGAGAUGUUCAUCUGGGUCACCCUCUCCGAGAUCGUCAUCAGCCCCUCCGGCACCAAGAUCGUCUUCCGCACCCCCGCCGGGCUCGGACGCGCCUUCCCCGUCGCCGCCUUCCAGCUCAACCCGCCCGCGCCGGCGCCCGAGGGCCAGGAGGCCAAGGCCGCCGACGGCGAGGGCGCCGCCGCCAACUGA